AUGAACACCUACAUCUGUGUGUGUCUGGCAUCAUGCCUGUUCGUAGCGGCGAGUGCUGCAGGAUAUGCACCUGGGGCUGUUAAUGGAUAUGGAACUAAUGGCGGAAACGGAUACGGAAAUGGAAAUGGCGCCGGAAAUGGAAAUGGCGCCGGAAAUGGCGGAUUUGGAUUUGGACCACACGGACGUGUACGGUACGAAUUAUCACAAGAUUCGAAUAAUUUGGAUAACAUGUUUCAAAAAGGAUAUGGAGGUGGUGCUGGAACUAUGGGCGGUGGCUCUGGAAUGGGAGGCAAAGGUGGAUUCGGAGGUAUGAACGGAGGCGGAUUUGGAGGAAAUGGCGGUGGAAUGGGAGGUAAAGGUGGAUUCGGAGGUAUGAACGGAGGUGGAUUCGGUGGAAUGAACGGAGGCGGAUUUGGAGGAAAUGGCGGUGGAAUGGGAGGUAAAGGUGGAUUCGGAGGUAUGAACGGUGGUGGAUUCGGUGGAAUGAACGGAGGCGGAUUUGGAGGAAAUGGCGGUGGAAUGGGAGGCAAAGGUGGAUUCGGAGGUAUGAACGGAGGCGGAUUUGGAGGAAAUGGCGGUGGAAUGGGAGGUAAAGGUGGAUUCGGAGGUAUGAACGGUGGUGGAUUCGGUGGAAUGAACGGAGGCGGAUUUGGAGGAAAUGGCGGUGGAAUGGGAGGCAAAGGUGGAUUCGGAGGUAUGAACGGAGGCGGAUUUGGCGGAAUGAACGGAGGCGGAUUUGGAGGCAUGGGAGGUGGUAAAGGUUACUAG